AAACAGAUACUAGUGGGUUUUUGCCAUGGAAAGUUCAUCAUCAAAAGCUCAAGUACUGAAGCCAGUGCUUCUUAAAGCUGGCAUUCCAUUGGCGCUAUCUGUUGCAGGGUUAAUCUAUGCAAGGAUCAUAGCCAAAGGAAGAAUAAACCUUGAAGCUUCUUCAAUGGAAGCUGAUUCUCAAGAGUUCACAGGUGAAGCAACACUUAAUUCAAGUGGAGAUGAAGGGGAAACGAGUUGUACAAGUACUGAUCUUAUGACCAUGGUUAAAAGUUCGGAAAUUCAGAACAGAAUUGCCUACGAAGCAGAGAUUUCGGGCCUAAGAUCGCAGGUCGAACAACUUCAGAAGAGAGAAUCGGAAUUAGAAAGGAAGUUUAUUCGUUUCUGUGAUCUUAAAGAACAAGAAUCCGUGCGUAUGGAGCUUAGGAACACGUUGUUGUUGGAGACUUUGCAAGCAGAGUUCUUGGAUAAAGAACUUUCAUCCAUGGAGGCCGAAAACAAAAGGGUUGAAAAUAUAGUUACGGAACAUUUAAUGGUUUUGGAGCAGGUUGAGCAUUGGAAAUCAAAGAACGGAUUGCUUGAGAGACAAGUAAAGAGGCUGUUGAGAAAAACAAAAGGCCAAGACAAACUCUUAAGAGAAAAAUAUUCAAAGAUUGUGGCAAAAGAUGCAGAAAUGAGAAGAAAUGGUGAGGAACUACAAGGAAGAAGCAAUGUCAUCAAGAAACUAGUGGAUGAAGUUAAAGAACUCAAAUCUCUCACCGAUCAAUUGCAGGAUCAGAAAAAUGAGCUUUCAGUGAAGUUAAAAUGGGCAGAGGAAUCACUCUCUGCCAUCUCAAAGACUGAAGAAGAGGGGAUACCUAGGGAGAAAUACAACAAACUUGCAAAUGACUAUGAACAAGUUCAGCAGGAGAGAGCUGAUGAACUUAAAGAAAUCACAUACUUAAGAUGGUGCAAUGCGUGCUUGACAUACGAGCUGAAGCGAUAUCAACUGCUGCAAGAGUAUAUCGAGGGGAGCAACGAUCAUAUCGAACAAGAAAUUGAAGAAGGCGAAGAAAAUGUAGGAUUUAGAAUCGAGCAGCAGUUAGAUGAUCCAGAAAUGGUUGAGCCUCCCUUAAGUGUUACAAAAGGUGGUCGUGUUGGCUCCAAAAGGGAGAAAUUGAUUAAAAAGUUGAAGAAAUUGGUGGAAGGAAGUGAGAAAAUGAAGCCAAAGUUGGAUGGUAAAGGUAAGCACGAAAGGAAGUGCUUUGGCAGGCAUUCGGUUUGUGAAGAAAUGGAAGGGGAGCAUGUUGUUCAAGGAAGGACAUCGUGUUCUAGUGUGUAAGAAAU